CCUUUUUUUGGAGAGCUGUCAAUCUAUCACUCUUUUUUUUCUAUGUGCGGUAUUCUAUUUUCUUUAUCAAGAAAUGAGUCAAGUAUUGAUUCCAAUGAAUGGAAUCAGCUUUUAGAAUUAAACAAAAAGAGAGGUCCUGAUUCACAGCAGUUGAAGACAAUACACAUUGACAACUUUAGUCUUCAGUUUUAUUCAACUGUACUUCAUCUCAGAGGAUCAAGCGUGGUGCCACAGCCAAUAGAGGAAUCAGGAAAUAUCUUGUGUUGGAAUGGUGAAAUAUUUGGUGGGAUCUAUGUAGAGCACGGACAGAAUGAUACACAGGUUUUGAUGAGCCAUUUGACAAAAGCAGAUAGCCAAGAGGCCAUCUUGUCUAUUUUCUCACGCAUUGAAGGACCUUAUGCAUUUGUAUUCUGGCAAGCAGCUACCAAGAAGCUUUGGUUCGGUCGAGACUGUCUCGGACGCAGAUCGUUGCUGAUGCAUCGUCAGUCGGAUCUGCUUCUCCUUAGCUCAGUUGGACUUGUGAAUGAAGCAUGGGAAGAGCUUGCGGCGAAUGGGAUUUACUGUGUUGAUAUGACAAAGGAAGGAUCGGACAAUAUUCAACUGUUUUCCUGGAGUCAAACAGAUUUACCUUUGUUACCCUUUCCUAGAUUGAAUACGACACUACCUCAACAUUUAAAAACGGUAGAUAAUCCUCAGCUUGCACCUGCCAUUGAUGAACAACAAGAACAGAUAGUGGUUGAUUUUAUUCAUGUCUUGAGCGAGUCAGUUAAAUCGCGUGUGGCAGAUAUACCUCAUUUAAAGCAUAGUCAUAGUGCAAGGGUAGCUAUAUUGUUUUCAGGUGGUAUUGAUUGCACAGUUUUGGCAGCACUAGCAGAUCGCUUCUUGCCAGCAUCAGAAGCGAUUGAUCUAUUGAACGUGGCAUUUGAAAACCCUCGAACUACGAUGGUCAAGAACCGCACAAAUAAAAAGAAGAAUCAACCAGAGGAGCAAAGACCAGUCUAUGACACGCCGGAUCGUAUCACGGGAAGAGCAAGUUUAGAAGAGCUGAAGAGCAUUGCGCCUGACAGAUGCUGGAAUUUUGUAGAAAUUGAUGUUCCUUACAGUGAAGCGAUGGAGCACCGUCAACAUAUUAUAGAUUUAAUGUUUCCUUUGGAUACAGUGAUGGAUCUGAGUAUUGCCAUGGCAUUUUGGUUUGCUUCUCGAGGCAAAGGAACAAUACUUUGUGAUGGAAAAAAACAACCAUAUCAUAGUCAAGCAAGGGUACUACUAUCUGGACUAGGUGCUGAUGAACAACUGGGCGGUUAUUCAAGACAUCGUGAAGCUUUCCGACAUGGAAGCUGGGAACGACUUAUUCAAGAGACACAGCUGGAUGUUGACAGAAUAUCAACCAGGAACCUUGGCCGAGAUGAUCGUAUCAUGUCGGAUCACGGAAAAGAGGUCCGUUUCCCUUUUCUGUGUACAGACGUAGUCAAAUGGCUAUGUAAUCAGCCCAUUCAUUUCAAGAUGGACCUACGGUUCGAAAGAGGAAUUGGAGAAAAGCUUUUACUGAGACAAGCAGCUCAUAAGAUAGGACUUUUGUCAACCAGCAAGAAUUGGAAGAGAGCUAUCCAAUUUGGUGCAAAGACAGCCAAGAUGACUGAAUCAAGUAGAUCAGAAAAGGGACAGCAUAAGUUAACAUAAUAAAUAGCUUUAAUUUUAAAGAAAUGAACAAAUCGCCUGCUUAUAGUCUGAAUGCACAUAGUCCCAUAACUCGUUUUUUGUAAGCCAUGCAAAAUCCACAAUCUCCUUUUGGUCUGGUUGACACUGUCCUGAUAUCCAAUCGGCCCUGAAAAAAGAAACCUUUGUAUCCUCCUUUUAAUACUGAUCCUGUAUAUAUAUAUAUAUAAAUAUUAUGUCUUACUUGAGCUCCAAUGGACUUGCG